AUGACUCAUGGUGACGGGCUGAGACUCUCCUGGGGCAGCCCUGGGAAGGGCCCAGAUCCAGUGUUCAUUCCUGGGAGUCUGCAGUUUGGGUUCCCGCCUGCUGUUGCGUCCUGUACUCUGGGCAUGCGGAGAUGGGCCUCUCUUAUUAAUGGCCUCUCCAAAAUGCCUACACAUCAGAAAAAAACAGUGUAUCUCUGUCAGCUUUUGAUAAGAAUUGCAGAAGGAAAAAAUCUUGAAUGCCGUUAUGGAAAUGAACAAAGAAUUUCACCUUUGGAAUCUGCUCUGUCUUUCUGGACUUUACUUGAAAGGGAAGAAAUUAAACUGGAAAAGCUUCAUGAAGAUAUUCGACGCUUGAUUCAAAUUCAGAUUGUAGCAGUCCAUAUGGAAAACGGAUAUUUCAAGGAGGCUGCUGAAGUUCUUGAAAGGCUAUUUACAGACUCAGAAUACGAUAAGCCUUUAAGGGUGAAGCUGGCAACCAUAAUUAAAAGCAAGGAUCCGUAUGUUCCCCUUCUCCAAAGCUUCAGUUACAAUCUCUUGAUGAGUAAAAUCAAGUCUUAUGCUGAACUUUUCAUGAAAGAAAAUGAAACUAACUUCUUAAUACAGGCAGCCACAAAACAGGUAGUGUCUAAAGGAUUGGGAGCAACAGCGUGGCAUAACGAAACUGUGAAUGUCAACGAAAACGAUGAAAGUAAUUUGGAAACAAAACAAAGGUGUCAUUCAGGACGGAAACACAGACUGAACCAUGUUCUUCAGAAUCUGAGCAGCUUGCAAAAUGUGGAAAAACAUGGAAACACUUUGGCUUGUGGCCGAAGAAGACAGCGAUGGACUUACAAAGAAGACUUGGAACUGAAAUCAGGAGUAAGGGAGUUUGGAGUGGGUAACUGGGCUAAAAUUUUGGUCCAUGGUGACUUCAACAACCGAACUAGUGUCAUGUUAAAAGACCGGUGGAGAACACUGUGCAGGAUCGAACAAGGCUAA